AUGCAGGAUAAGUCAAACCGUCCGACUUUCACCAAUGUGCCAAAGAGCCAAUUGUUAUCUAAACUGGAAGCUUUUUUGCCCAUGAUGGAAGCGGAAAACAAAAAGCUGAGCGAAGCCGUUGCAGCCGGAGAAGGCGCGAAACACAACAUUGAAAUAGAAGAAUCUGAGGAUGAUGAUCUGACAGGAAGCGAUGAGGAAAAAAAGCAGCAGAAGUGUGACAAGGUGCCUGUGAUUGAAAUGAAUUUUGCGAUCAGCACGAUGGAUGAGGGUGAUAUUGACUCCGAAAAUUUGGACGCAGCUAUAGUCCCGGACGCGAUGGCCACAAGAAAAGAAUUUGAUGUCAGUUCAGAUUUAAAGCAGCAGCACGAUGAAGCGUCAUCGUUUCAAUUGCAGCUUAAAAAGCCGAGCAACAAGCCUCAUGCCAUCAUCCAGGAACUAAAUUAA